AUGUCAACCACAUCAGUAACCACAGAUCAACAAGUGACCUUUCAGUAUUGUAAUGAAGCUGUUUUGGAGCUACAUUGCUCGCCGUUUGGACUUAGUGGUAUUUAUAUCAGGAUCGCCGAAGCAUCCAUCAUGGGUAUUGGGUCCACUCUAGGACUGAUUACUGGAAGCACACGCGGGUUGAUCCAUUACAACAAUGCCAGUGAUCUACAGGAUCAAAAGUAUAAACUUUAUGUUAUCCUAGACGAGGAGGGGAUGUUGCGUAUCGACUUUACCAAAAUUACAAUUGAGGAGAACAAUACUGAAAAUGGAAGCAAAAGCGGUGAUGAGGAACAGUUGCCUGACUUGAUUUUCAAAGGGCCGUGUCCGGAGGGAAGGCCCGAUAACGUGGAACCAUUUAUAGGGAUAUUCAGCUUUGAAAGGGAGUAG